AUGAGUACAAUGAUUUGGGAAUGCAUUGUCAGCAUUGCACAGAUUGCAAGAAAUGCGAUAUUCUGAAGGAUUAUGAUUUUACUAGAAGCAUUGGAGAAACUGUCUUGUAUCUAUGCAUUCUUCUUGUGGGCUAUAGAAUUCUUGCAUAUUUGCUACUUUGGAAGAGAGCUAUUAAUUCUCGUAGAUAAGGAUAAUUCUUUGAAUAAAAAUAUUCAAUUAUAA